AUGAGCGGCGGCGCACCCAUUCCCUACAUUGGGAGCAGGAUCAGCCUGAUUUCCGUGAGCGGCAUCCGCUACGAAGGCAUCCUCUUUUCCAUUGAUCCUAAGCAAUCGACCGUGGCCCUCCAGAAUGUGCGGUCAUUUGGCACGGAAGGACGGCGAAAAGAUGGACAGCAGAUACCUCCCUCCAAUAAUGUGUACGACUACAUCAUCUUCAGGGGUUCCGACAUCAAGGACCUCCAGGUGUGCGAGCCGCCCCCUCAGCCUGCGCAGCCCCAGCCACCAAACGAUCCUGCCAUCAUCAACGCGAUUCCUGAGAAUUCGAUGGGAGCCGGUCCUCAGCCGAGCAUGUACGGCUAUCCUGGGAUGUACCAGUACCCGUACAACAACCCGUACCAGAUGUACAACUCUCCCCCCUACCCUCAGCAGCCGGUACCCGGCGCUGGACAGCCCGCCGUCAAGGGUCAAUCUGCCCCUGCUGCCGCUCAGCUCAGCAAUCCUUCGGUGGACGGCGAAGAUCGGGAAGAUGAGGAAGAUUCGCAACAGCAGGCCGCGACUGCCGACGUCAAGGCGAGCGGAGGAAAGGCAGAGGACGAGGAAAAGCCGGGCGACUCGGGGGUGGAGUCGAGCCCCGCCGCGGUCCCCGAGGCCGCGCGCGUCGAACCCGCAGCGGAUGGCACCGUCUACUCGGCGGACCAGCACCACGAAGAGAACGGCGGCAGCCAUGCUGCGGCCAAGCACCACGAAGCCGACGCCGGAGCGUCGCUGCUCGGCCCCUACACCGGCAGCGCUGCUCCUGCCGUCGGCGCUUACGGAAAUGGAGAGAGGCGAGACCGAUCGUACAACAACAGGAGCGGACCGCGCAGCGGAGGUGGCCAGCGUAGUGUAAAUCAGGGUGGCCAUGGUCAGCACGGUGGUCCUUCGAUGACUGGUGGAGCGCCUAUGCGAGGAGGCGACAGGAGAGGCGGCGCGCCCUCUCAGCCGAGAACCGGCGGAGGCGGCGGCAUCGGUGGAGGUCAUCACGGCAGGCCUCAGGGUGGCCCGGAUGCGAGGAGCGGAAGCGGACCCAGGUCCGGAGGCGGUGGUGGCAGCGGCAGGUACAACGGCGCUCCUCAGAAGCUGCCCGAGUUCGAUUUCGAGAAGGCCAACUCCAAGUUCGACAAGGAAAAGAUCAAGGAGGAAGUUCUCAAGGGUGUGGUGCACGUCGACACUGAGAGCAUCCCCUCCGAGGGUGAACAAGCGCCUCUGCCCGUGCCGGCCGAGAAGGCGUACGACAAGUCGACUUCCUUCUUCGACAGCAUUUCGUGCGAGUCGCUCGACCGUCUGAAGGACGACAGCGACGGUGGCAACGCCAGAUCCGACCGCCGCCGUCACGAGAGGAGCCUCAACGCCGAGACCUUUGGCAGAGCCGCCAACGACAGGAGGGUGCACCACCGCGGUGGCCCGAGGCGCUACGGCCCUCCCGGCCCGCACCAGGCCCACGGUGGCGCCAGCGCGGGUGGCAGCAACCAGCCCAUGGACAACAACAGGCCCGCCCGAGGCGGAGGUUUCACCUCAGCUCGUGGUGGCUAUGCUGCCGCCGUCAGAGGAGCCCCCGGCCCCCAGAAGAGAUUCGUGCCUGUGGGCCAGAGCUCUUCUCCCGUGGUCGGGCACUGA